AUGGGUCGCGAGACGGCCGAAGACUCCAACGAUGGAGCCUCGAAGAGGGCAGACACGCCUUCGUCGGGUGAGAGGACAAGCACACCCAAUGAUGUUGAGAAGGACCCUGGCGCUUUUGCAACCUAUUUGAGGAUAUUCAGCUUCUCCGAGCGGAUUGAUUGGAUCCUCAAUGUCGUCGCCAUCGCUGCGGCGUGCGGCUCGGGCGUGUCCAUGUCGUUGAUCCAGCUUGUCUUCGGUGGUUUCGUCACCGUCAUCUCUGAUUUCCAGCGGGAAAUCAGCACGCCUGCUCAGUUUCGGGAUGAUAUUACUACAUAUGCAUUGUGGUUUGUGUACAUCUUCAUCGGCAGGUUCUGCCUCGUCUACAUCUUCACGAUGUGCAUGACGAUCUCGGGUACCCGUAUUACCAGGACCAUCCGCUACCGCUUCCUCGAAGCCACGCUCUCGCAGGAAAUUGCCUACUUCGACAGCGGCGACGGCGGCUCGGUGACGGCCAAGGUUACCACCAACGGGAACCAGGUGCAGCAGGGCAUCUGCGAGAAGCUGGGAUUCACAUUCCAGGCCAUGGCUACCUUCAUCUCGGCCAUUGUCAUCGCGCUCGUCAAGCAGUGGAAGCUGACGCUCAUCACCAUCACCAUCGCCCCCGUCAUCCUGAUCGUCAUCGGCCUCACCGUCGGCUUCGACGCCGCGCUCGAGACCCAGAUCCUCGAGAUCUACUCGCAGGCCGGCGCCCUGGCUGAGGACGUCUUCUCGUCGGUGCGCAAUGUUCAUGCGUUCUGGAUGCGCCCGAAGCUCGUCGAGAAGUAUGAUGGCUACCUGCAGAAGGCGCACCAGCUGGGUAAGAAGAAGAGCCCGCUGUGGGGCUUCCUGUUCAGCACCGAGUUCUUCUGCAUCUACUCCGGCUUCGCGCUGGCGUUCUGGCGAGGCGUGCACAUGUACGCCGAGGGCGAGAUUGCCGACCCGGGCGUCAUCAUUAUCGUCCUCUUCUCCGUCGUCAUCGCCGCCACCUCGCUGACGCAGAUCUCGCCCUACUUCCAAGCCUUCGCGACGGCCACGUCGGCCGCGGGCGCCCUCUUCAAGACCAUCGACCGCGCCUCCCAGAUCAACCCGCUCGAGGACGCCGGCGAGAAGCCCGACACCGUGCACGGCGAGAUCGAACUCACCGGCGUCAACUUCGCCUACCCAACCCGCCCGGACGUGCCCGUCCUCGCCGACUUCUCGCUGCGCUGCCCGGCCCGCAAAACCACGGCGCUCGUCGGCGCCAGCGGCUCGGGCAAGAGCACCAUCGUCGGCCUGCUCGAGCGCUGGUACAACCCGGCCACCGGCACGAUCAUGUUGGACGGCCGCCGCGUCGAGGACCUCAAUCUGAACUGGCUCCGCACGCGCGUAAGGCUCGUCCAGCAGGAGCCGGUGCUGUUCAACGGGACUGUGUUCGACAAUGUCGCGUACGGCUUGACAGGCACGCAGUGGGAGAAGGCGCCACGGGAAGAGCAGAUGCAACGGGUUGUCGAGGCGUGCCGCGUCGCCAACGCGCACGAUUUUGUCUCCGAGCUGCCGUUGGGCUACGAUACGCCGGUCGGCGAGCGUGCGGGCUUGCUGUCGGGUGGGCAGAAGCAGCGCGUUGCCAUUGCGCGUGCGGUCAUUUCGGAUCCGGAGGUCCUGUUGUUGGAUGAGGCGACGAGCGCGCUCGAUCCGCAUUCUGAGGGCGUCGUGCAGCGCGCGUUGGACGCUGCAGCGAAGGAUCGGACGACGGUGGUUAUUGCGCAUAAGCUCGCGACGAUUAAGCAUGCGGAUAAUAUCGUUGUCAUGACGAAGGGGAGGAUCGUCGAGCAGGGGACGCAUGAGGGGUUGUUGGAGAGGGACGGCGCGUAUGCGCGGUUGGUGCAGGCGCAGGAUCUGGGGAGCAAGCAAAAUGAAGAUUCGGGCUCGGAUGAGGAUGAGGAUGAGAGGGAUGGGACCGAGGCCACGGAGAAGGUGGGUGUGACGAAGACGCUGACCAGGGCGAGCACGGUGCAUGCGUCGUCGAGGGAACACCAGGCGACGCUGGACUACAGCAACUACAAGCAGAGGAGUAUCAUGUGGGUGGUUGUCACCAUGCUGAAGGAGCAGCGGGAGCUGUGGCCUUGGUUUGGUCUCGUCUUCGUUGCAUGUUUGAUUGGAGGCGCAACUUACCCCGGCCAGGCCCUCGUCCUCAGCGAACUGAUGAACGUCUUCCUUUACACCGGCAGCAAACUCACCGACGAAGGCAACUUCUACUCGCUCAUGUUCUUCGUCAUCGCCAUCGGAAACCUGAUCGCAUACUUCACCAUCGGCUGGGUCGCCAACGUCGUCUCGCAGCACAUGACGCACUUCUACCGCCGCCUCAUCUUCGACAUCACCCUCCAGCAGGACAUCCAGUUCUUUGAUCGCAGCGAAAACACCACCGGUGCCCUCGCCAGCCGCCUCUCGUCGCAGCCCACGCAGCUGCAGGAACUCUUCGGCUUCAAUCUCGCCACCAUCUUCAUCGUCAUCGUCAACAUCACGGCCAGCUGCGCCCUCGGCAUCGCCAUGGGCUGGAAGCUCGGCCUCGUUGUGGUUUUUGGCGGCAUGCCGCCUUUGGUAUCUGCUGGUUAUUUCCGGAUGCGCCUCGAGUUCAAGAUGAAUGACGACUCGUCCAAGCGGUUUGCGGAGAGCGCAGCGCUGGCGGGAGAGGCGGUGAGCGCCAUCAGGACUGUGUCGUCGCUGGCGCUGGAGAGGAAUGUGUUGGAGCGGUAUCGGGAGAGGGUGGAUGGCAUUGUGAAGACGGCGAUUCCCAGUAUCGUCCACACCAUGUUCUGGUUUGCCUUGACGCAGUCGAUUGAGUUUUUGGUCAUGGCGCUGGGAUUCUGGUACGGCUGCAAACUGCUGUCGACGGGCGAGUACACGAUGAAGCAAUUCUACAUCGUCUUCAUGGGCGUCUUCUUCUCGGGCCAGGCCGCGGCCCAGUUCUUCGCGUACACGACCAGCAUCACCAAGGCCGUCGCCGCCGGCAACUACAUCGCCUGGCUCCGCUCGCUCCAACCCAUCGUCGCCGAGACACCCGCCAACCGCGACCGCGCCCCGCCCGACGGCGACCUCGCCCUGUCCAUGACCCACGCCGGCUUCACCUACCCCACCCGCCCGGACGCGAAAGUCCUGCGCGGCGUCUCGCUCGCCGUGCGCCCGGGGCAGUUCGUCGCCUUCGUCGGCGGCAGCGGCUGCGGGAAGUCAACCAUGAUCGGCCUGCUCGAGCGCUUCUACGACCCUUCGUCCGGCGAGAUCAACCUGUCGUCCGGCGAUGACGACAGCACCACUACCACUAACCUGGCAGACCUCAACCCUCGCCUCUACCGCCACAACGUCGCCCUCGUCCAGCAGGAACCGACACUCUACCAAGGCACCAUCCGCGAGAACAUCGCCCUCGGCCUCGAGGACCCGAGCCAGCCCGUGUCAGACGAACAGAUCAUGCGCGCCGCCGCCCAGGCUAACGUCGCUGACUUCAUCGCCUCCCUGCCCGAGGGCCUCGACACGCACACCGGCGCCCGCGGCGUCGCGCUGUCUGGCGGCCAGCGCCAGCGCGUGGCCAUCGCAAGGGCGCUCGUCAGGGAUCCAAGGAUAUUGUUGCUGGAUGAGGCGACGAGUGCGUUGGAUACGGAGAGCGAGAGGGUGGUGCAGGGCGCGUUGAACGAGGCGGCGAAGGGUGGGGGCAGGAUUACGGUGGCCGUCGCGCAUCGCCUCAGUACGGUGAGGCAUGCGGAUCGGAUUUAUGUGUUUCUUGGUGGCAAGGUGGCGGAGGAGGGAAGGCAUGAGGAGCUUGUGGCGAAGGAGGGCGGGUUGUAUCGCGAGAUGUGUCGGGCGCAGAGUUUGGAUCGGGAGGUUUGA